AUGGCCAUUCCUCAAGCUCUUGUAUUUCUCUUAUCUUCUUUUCUCUUCGUUAGUUCAUACGGUUUUAACGUUACCCUCAUUAAUCGAGACUCUCCUCGAUCUCCUUUCUACAACUUCUCUUUAUCAAAUUAUGAUCGUAUGACCGCCUCCUUUAAAAGAUCGAUUCAUCGACGUAAAUUCUUCGACUCAUCCGAUCUUGUUCCUUAUGUCUACGGUGGAGAAUAUCUUAUCAAAGCGACCAUCGGAUCCCCCCCUUUCGAAAUCCUAGCCGUUGCCGAUACUGGAAGCGAACUCAUUUGGACCCAAUGUAGACCGUGUUCGACUUGCUUUAAACAAGAUGCCCAAAUCUUUAACCCAAGAAAAUCAACAAGUUACAAAGCCUUUUCGUGCAACGAUUCUACAUGUCAGGCUAUGAGGACCCCGGGAUGCAAGAACAAUGUUUGUCAUUACAAUAUGGGUUAUAACGACGGUUCAUAUAGUAACGGAGAUAUCUCGAUUGAUACAAUGAAGUUGGGAUCAUUUGUUCCUCGGCCGAUCGUUUUCGGUUGUGGGCAUGAUAAUGGAGGAACAUUCAGUGGGUUGGAAACGGGCAUAAUAGGACUCAAUGCUGGAGAAUUCUCGCUUCUUACGCAAUGGAAAAUAACAAAAUUCGCAUAUUGCUUGGUUCCAUUCACUUCGGUAGGAAAAGAUAGUUUAUUGAUCUUUGGAGAUCAAGCUACACUAAAAGGUCCUGGAGUUGUUACUACUCCGUUGCUCAAGCAAACAAUUUCCUAUUUUGUGACGAUGGAAGCGAUCUAUGUUGGAAACUCAAAAUUGGUUGUCCCGUUUGUAAAGACCGCAAACACUUGGCUCGAUUCUGGGACGACGCUUACGUUUAUCCAACACGAUCUCUAUAACAGUUUAUCGUCGUUGGUUAAGAGUCACAUCAAGCUUCCGUAUGCUCGGGCUCCUUGGGGAGGUUUUAACAUGUGCUAUCUAACCAAAAAUUUAGAUUUAGGGUUUCCUUCUAUUACCCUUCAAUUUCCGGGUGCAUCAUUGAGUUUGAGUCCUCAUAAUACAUUUAUAAUGGUCACUAGUGAUAUUGCAUGUUUUGGAUUUCUACCUACCAAUGGAAGUAACAUUUUGGGAAACCGUGCGCAGACAAACUACUUGGUCUCGUACGAUAUAAGAAAGGCAACGGUUUCUUUUUUGAGCCAUACAUGUUAG